UAAACAUAUUCCUACAUGUUGAAUUCAAGAACCUUGGAGGAAAUUCCCCUUUCCAUCACCACAUAAUAUAAAGACCCUUAUGUGCAGUGUUAUAUAUAAAGACAUACGAGAGGCCUCUGAUCUUAAAAUCUCUUAUCAAACAUUCUGACCAGUCUCUCACACCUUCUCUCACCUUCAAUAUACUUACCUAUCAAAUUCAAACAUGAAGCAACAAAGCAGCUCCAUUUUCAUUUUGGGGUCCAUUCUCAUUUUGCUUCUUUUCUGGCAAACAACAUCAGUCAAAGCUCAAGAAGUUGAGGAUGAGAACGAGUUUGAUUAUGCCAAAGGAAGCGAAAAGGGUCCGGAGCGAUGGGGAGAGAUAAAGGAAGAGUGGGCAGCUUGUGACCAUGGAGAAAUGCAGUCUCCAAUCGAUAUGGUGAAUAGGAGGGUGAAAAUAAUCAGAAAAUCAAGGGAGUUUGUGAAGAACUACAAGCCUUCCAAUGCAACUGUCAAGAACAGAGGUCAUGAUAUAUCGGUUCAAUGGACUGUUGGUCAAGCUGGAUCAAUUAAGAUCAAUGGCACUGAGUACCAACUCCAACAAGGCCACUGGCACUCCCCUUCAGAGCACUCCAUCAAUGGCAGAAGGGUACAAUUAAUGUUUGUGAAUAAUAAUAAUAAUAAUAGGUAUGCAAUGGAACUGCACUUGGUCCAUGUAAGCCCACAAGAGAACGGAGAGGAUAAGAUUGCUGUCAUUGGGGUCCUCUACAGGAUUGGUCGACCUGACUCUUUUCUCUCUCAGUUGAUGAGGAAUAUAUCAGAUAUGAUUGAUAAGAAGGAAGAGAGACACUUUGGGGUGAUUGAUCCAAGAGAAAUUAAAAUGGGUGGUAAAAGAUAUUACAGAUACAUGGGAUCACUCACUGUUCCUCCUUGCACUGAAGGUGUUGUUUGGACCAUUAAUAAAAAGGUGAUGACUGUAUCAAGAGAACAAGUGAAGUUACUCAGGGAGGCUGUUCAUGAUUACGCAGAGGAAAAUGCAAGACCACUACAACCACUCCACGAUCGAGAGAUCUACCUCUAUAAGCGCCCAUAGUUUCUAAUAGGGAGCAUAAAUACAAAGAGUUAUUAACACACAUUAUUGUUACCAUCCACCUUUCAUUUGUUAUUAUUACUUUUUAUAUUUUAUUUCUAGCUGGAGGGCAUGAAUACAUAGAACAAGAUUAGAAUGGACAUUUUUGUUGUGAACUCUCUCCAUGUAUUAUCAUUCUUUCUCAUUUUAAUGAAAACAUUUUGGUGCUUUAUUUAGCCGUGUUA